CAUCCUGACAUAAUAUCAAACAACAAAAAGAGCACUCUUUUUCAAAACAAAUUAGGUUUUCACAUUUAAUUCCUAUUAAGUUCUUUAUUAUUAACGUUUACAGGUAGUUAUAAAAUGGAACCGGAUGAUGUGCUAAUUCUUAAGGAUUACAAAACAGUUCCCGACAUCGUACAUGAAUACGGGCCAACAUUAAAGUAUGGACAUAUUCCUUUGGUUAUUGAUAAUGGCUCAUAUCAAUGUAGAGUUGGUUGGUCAAUAUCAGAAGACCCACACUUAAUUUUCAAGAACCUGAUUGCAAGGCCACGGAAGGAUAGAAGCAAGAAAGACGCCGAACCACCGGUCACCCCCCCUAUACAAAUAGGAAACGAUAUCGUUAACAUCGAAGCAGUAAGAUUUCAACUCAAGACACAGUUCGACAAGAAUGUUGUGACACACUUUGAAGUUCAGGAGCAAGUGUGUGACUACAUCUUCAGCCACCUCGGCAUCGACAGUGAGGGCCGUGUGCCGCACCCCAUUGUGAUGACGGAGGCCUUUGUCACACCCAACUACAGCAGGCAAUUGAUGUCUGAGCUUCUAUUUGAAGGCUAUGGAGUGCCAGCAGUGAGUUACGGAGUAGACUCAUUAUUCAGCAUGUACAAGAACAAUAUCGGGGAGAACACACUCAUAGUUAACUGUGGCUACCACACCAUUCACAUAAUACCUGUGCUUAGAGGAAAAGUUAUCUUUGAACAUGCCAGAAGAAUAAAUUUGGGUGGUUCCGAAAUGGUCUCCUAUUUACACAAGCUGCUGCAACUGAAGUAUCCGGUUCAUGUGAACGCCAUCACCAUGUCGCGAGCUGAAGAGAUCCUGACGCAGCACAGUGGUAUAGCCCUGGACUACCAAGAGGAGACCCGGCGCUGGGCCAGCGGCGAGUACUACGAGGCGCACGUGAAGAGGGUGCAGCUGCCGUUUGUGCAGCCCGCUACUGCUACACCACUGUCUGUUGAAGCACAAAAGGAAAGAAAGAAAGAGAUGGCGCGACGACUACUAGAGAUAAAUGCGAGGAAAAGAGAGGAAAGACUGGCUGAAGAUGAGGAGCAAUUAAAUCAGCUACUUUCUAUUAAUGACAUGGUAGAAGAUGGUGAUGCUGACGAAUUCAACGAAGCAUUGAAAGGAUUUGAUAUAAAAAGCUAUGAAGAUUUACAGCGUCAAAUAGCCACGCUCCAAGCGCGCAUAGAAAAGACCCGGCAGCGCGCGGCGGCGGCGGCGGCGGGGGCGGGGGCGGGGGCUACGGGGGAGGAGGCGGAAGCGCGGGGGGGCGAGGCGCGGGGGGGGCGCCUGCAGCCGCCGGCUGAUCCCGCCGCCUUCCAGCAGUGGCUGCAGGAUUUGAGAGAUCAGUACAACGCGCUAGUCUCAGCGCGCGAGGCGCGGCGGGCGCGUCGCGCGGACAUGGCGCGGCGGCGCACGGCGGCGGCGGCGGAGCGCAUGCGCGUCAUCUCGCACCUCGCCGCCGCCGGCGACGACUUCGGCACGAGGGACGAGGACUGGGACGCUUACAAGAGUAUAAGUCGCGAGGCGGACUCCGACUCGGAGUCUGAAGCGGAGCGCGUGUCGCUACUGCAGGACGCACUGAGAGAACACGAGCCCGCUCCCGAGGCGAGAACUAGGCACCAACUGCAUCUCGCUAUAGAGGCUAUAAGAGCGCCGGAGCUGAUGUUCCAGCCGUCGAUGCUGGGCAGCCACGAGGCGGGGCUGGCGGAGACCAUGGAGUACGUGUUCAAACACUUCAGUGCCGAGGACCAGCUGUUGUUGGCCAACAACGUGUUCCUGACGGGAGGGUGCUCGCAGUUUCCAGGUCUCAAAGAGCGUUUAGAAAGAGAGCUGCUAGAGAUGCGUCCGUUCCAAUCCACGCACCGCGUCGUAACGGCCAGUAACCCCAGCCUCGACGCGUGGUACGGCGCCCGGGACUUUGCCGGGAGCAACGAGUUCGAACACUGGUGCAUCAGCAAGGAAGACUACUACGAAAUGGGCGGAGAGUACCUGAGAGAACAUCACGCUAGUAAUAAGUACUAUAAGAGUCCGGCGCCGCUAGAUAACACGCUCGCUCCGGCUGGCGAUGCGAAUGUUGCUAAGGAGGAAAUUGUAGUCGAUUGCUAGUAAUAAAGGUAAUGUUUAAGAUG